AAACAGCCACAAAAGACCACCUACAGAUAUAACGCAUAAACAUUAUGGAAAGCGCGCAAGCCAGACAGGAUUUCAACAUUUUCAGCUAAGAGAUAAAAGUUUGUUUUGGAAAGGAUAAACGUACCAAGCGCCACGUUCUCUCACUAUUCCGGAUUUCUAACACACAUUGCAGAAAUGAAAACCGCUGCCGUCUCUGGUCACGUUUAUAUGUAAAUUGCAUGCGCCCAUUCAUUUGCUCACCCAUAAAUCCUCUCCUUCAAGAAAUCAGGACAGAAGUGGUUGAAAGUGGACAAAAGAGACAGCAGGUGUUAACACGUAUGUGUCACCUUCGUCCACCUGUGAUCCGAUUGACCAAUAAAUGGUCAGAUUAUAAAUGUAGCCAAUGCUGGGUUACUGUUACCCAGCCAUGGAUUGAAAACAUCUCAACAUUUUUUUAGAGUGUAUUGAUUUAAUUAAAACAAGUUCAAACCAAAAUAGCGUUUUAUUUGUACAGUAUCCUUUUUCAUCCAUUAGCUAUUGAAUGCCAAAGGUUGUUAACCAUCACAAAUGUUUGAAAUAUUUCAGAGAUUGAUGACAACGCUAUAUUGAGAGCGGAUUUCAUUCAGGAGCUUCUUCCAUCUGCGGAGCGAACGCCUCUCCUUUAUCACCUGGCUUUCCUGAGUCUGGGAGGAUUCCCACAGCUGGAGCGUGUGAUCAGAGAUCAAGCUAUUGAAACACAACUGCUGUUCGGAUCCUCUGAAGCCUUUCUGUUGAAGUGUGUCAGCACGAGUUCCAACCUGCUCACCUCCCUGUUUCCAAUACUGAAACAAGCUGUGGAGAAGAACAAACCCGUUUUGGCGGUGAGGUACCUGGCGAAAGCCAAAGAGUGGAUCAGUGACAUCGUAGCACAAGUGGAUGACAUAGUGAAGAGAAACCAAACGCUGCUGUACUGAUCAGAGAUGCACAACAGUUCCUGUAGAACUGUUUUAGACCCUACUCUGAAGUAGUUCCCCCAAACAGCGUUCCUAGAACUGAAACCGUUCCUAGUUCCUGCGGUGCGAACACGUCAAAAACUGGGAACUUCCACCAAUAGUUCUAGGAACUAUGAAAAGGUUCCUCCAGUGUGAAAGUGCCUAUUGAACUCUUGUAUAGAAUUAUAUUUAUGCAUAAUAAUAUGUUCCCUUAAAAAAAAUUGUUCAGUGUCUUGUCAUAUGCAAAUGAAAUCCGGACCACAUCGCUAUAUUAAAUUAUUUUUUAUUAAAUGCACUGUAUUAUUCAGGUAUGAUCUAUGCAACGAAAGUGUGAAAAAAUCCACCAGUGACGUGUAUCAAGAACAAAAAGAGACCGAAGAAAAAAAAGAGAAAAAAUCUGACGAGAUGAAGGGUCUGGAGGAUGCUCUGGCCAAGCUUGAAAUGGAUCUGAAAAGAGUAGUCGUCAAAAUAGAGAUGAAUGAGGAACAAAUUAAAAAAACAACUGACGAGCUGAACGACUUCUUCAGAAGAUUUCAGGAAGAACAUGCCCACUGGACUAUGAAGUUCCUUGACUGUUUUAGAUGCUAUCCAGAUGCUAUGAAGGAGCCUAGUGCCAUCGCUCUGGAUAGAGAACUGAAACGACUCGACUCUGAGAAGAGCAGUCUGAAAAAUGAAGAGUGGAACAUCAAAACCAAGCAGACUGAUCUUCAGCUGCAGCUGGCCAAUUGUAAAAUACGAAUGGGUGAGAUCCCCGAUCCUGAGCAUCUGAAGGAAGUCCAGGCGUGUCUUUCUCAAAUCCAACAAAUUCUGAUUGAGCUGAAAAAGUUUUGGGAGAAGGUGGAUUCUAUUCUGUACACGCUGAAAGAUAAAACCUUUGCUGGGGAGGAACUCGUUGACAUGGAGGACAUGAAGGAUGAGUUUCUAAAGUCCAUUGACGAUGCAGGAAAGGACUGGGAGAGAUUUGGUUUGUGCUGUCAGAGAGUUCAAGGCGUCUUCAGUGUUCAAUCUAGAGAUGCAUAUAAAUUCCUGGAGAUCAAUCCGUCUUCGCUCUCUGAGGAGGAGAGGAACCAGCAGUAUGAGUCUAUCACGGAGAAGCUGAAGAAAAUCAAUCCAGAUCCGCCAGCACUGUGAGACACCCAGAACUGAUGCUGCUUACACAAAUCAAUGCAUACAGCUUCUCUUGUCAUUUUCGUAAUGCUUUGUAAUCUUUACAACUGCUCUUGAACAUGUUCAAUUACAGUUCUGCAUAUACAUGUUCUUUAAGUUGAUGUUAGCCAUAAACUGAUCUAAAUAAUAUUCCUGUCUCUUUCAAAAUCGCUUUGCAUUUUUAUUAUGCUACAUACAGAUCUUGUGGUCUGGUCACAUGAUUAAUGUCUAAGUCACACAAUAAAGAAAAAAGACAUGAAACAUUU